AUGGAUGGUGGAGGGCUGGGGCCCAGAGCGGCUGUGACUCUCCACGGAGACUCCAAGCAUUCCGCCGCUGCUCAGAGCGAGAUGUCUGGGCAGCUUGGUUCCGUGAUCUGGUCAAUACUAAUCCAAGCCACAGCAGCCACAUACUUACUGCAAAGCCUUGCGCUGAGAGGUCCAGCUGUGUUCCAUGAGCAAAGAAAGAAUUCGGACAGUGACCAGACAGAAGACGCCCUGCAGCGCAAGGUCAGAAGCAGGCCCGACCGCGCCCACUCGGCUACUAUGCACAUACUCCAGGCCUCCACAGCAGAGAGGUCCCUUCCCGCUGCUCAGAUGAAGCUGAAAAGAGCCCGACUUGCAGAUGAUCUCAACGAAAAAAUUGCUCUCCGGCCGGGGCCGCUGGAGCUGGUGGAGAAGAACAUACUCCCUGUGGAUUCUACUGUGAAAGAGGCCAUCAAAGGGAACCAGGUGAACUUCUCCAAAUCAGCAGAUGCCUUUGCCUUCGACGAGGACAGCAGCAGCGACGGGCUUUCUCCAGAUCACACUCGAAGCGAAGACCCCCAGGGCCCAGCGAGGUCCCCCCCAGACACCAAAGCUACGGAGACCCCUUUGGCAGGUCCUCCGGGGACAAUCCAGGAUCUAACUUCUGGCUCAGAAAAUGACAGGAAUGACUCGGUCUCACAGCCCAGCAACCAGUCAGACACAGGGAAGCAGGGGCUCGGCCCCCUCAGCACCACCAACCCCGGGCACGCUGCUGUGAAGUCCAAGUCCUUGAGCGACAGUAAGAACCGCCACAAGAAGCCCAAGGACCCCAAGCCAAAGGUGAAGAAGCUCAAGUACCACCAGUACAUCCCCCCGGACCAGAAGGCGGAGAAGUCGCCGCCGCCCAUGGACUCGGCCUACGCGCGGCUGUUACAGCAGCAGCAGCUGUUCCUGCAGCUGCAGAUCCUCAGCCAGCAGCAGCAGCAGCGCUUCGGCUACACCAGCAUCCACCCCGCUCAGCUCAAGGAACCAAACGAGCAGAUGGUCAGAAAUCCAAACUCUUCUUCAACACCACUGAGCAGUACCCCUUUGUCUCCUGUCAAAAACAGCUUUUCUGGACAAACCAGUGUCUCUUCUCUCAAGCCAGGCCCACUUCCAUCAAACCUGGAUGAUCUGAAGGUGUCCGAGUUAAGACAGCAGCUUCGGCUCCGAGGCCUGCCCGUGUCAGGCACCAAGACGGCGCUCAUGGACCGGCUGCGGCCCUUCCAGGACUGCGCGGGGAGCCCCGUGCCCAGCUUCGGGGACAUCACCACCGUCACCUUUCCCGUCACGCCCACCGGCACUCUGCCCCAUUACCAGUCCUCCCCGUCCGCAGGCGCCUUGUCCAAUGGCUUCUACCACUUCGGCAGCACCAGCUCCAGUCCCCCCAUCUCGCCCGCCUCCUCCGACCUGUCACUGGCCGGGUCCCUGCCCGACACCUUCCACGACGUGUCCGAGUUAAGACAGCAGCUUCGGCUCCGAGGCCUGCCCGUGUCAGGCACCAAGACGGCGCUCAUGGACCGGCUGCGGCCCUUCCAGGACUGCGCGGGGAGCCCCGUGCCCAGCUUCGGGGACAUCACCACCGUCACCUUUCCCGUCACGCCCACCGGCACUCUGCCCCAUUACCAGUCCUCCCCGUCCGCAGGCGCCUUGUCCAAUGGCUUCUACCACUUCGGCAGCACCAGCUCCAGUCCCCCCAUCUCGCCCGCCUCCUCCGACCUGUCACUGGCCGGGUCCCUGCCCGACACCUUCCACGACGCCGUCCCUCCCGAGCUGGACGGGCUGGACUCCGAGAAGGACAAGAUGCUGGUGGAGAAGCAGAAGGUGAUCAACGAGCUCACCUGGAAGCUGCAGCAGGAGCAGCGGCACGUGGAGGAGCUGCGCCUGCAGCUGCAGAAGCAGAAGCGGCAAAGGUCGCCGCAGCACUCGCCGCUCGGGGCUGUGAAAAGCCCGCAGCACAUCAGCUUGCCCCCGUCGCCGAACAACCAUUACUUCCUACCUUCGUCCGCAGGUGCUCAGGGAGAAGGGCACGGGGCCUCCUCACCUGCCAGCACCCAGGUGUGUACUGCACAGAACUCAGGGGCACACGAGGGCCAUCCUGCAAGCUUCUCCCCCCAGCCUUCUGGCCUCCACCCCCCUUUCUCUGGAGCCCAGGCAGAUAGCAGUCAUGGUGCUAUGGGCAAUCCUUGUCCCCAAAGCCCAGGUGUACAGCAAAAGAUGGCUGGUUUGCAGUCUUCUGAUAAAGCAGGACCAAAGUUUUCAAUUCCAUCCCCAACAUUUCCUAAGUCAACUUCAACAGUUGCAGAGAUAACACAGCCUCCAUCCUAUGAAGAUGCGGUAAAGCAGCAAAUGACUCGCAGUCAGCAGAUGGACGAACUCCUGGAUGUCCUCAUUGAAAGUGGAGAAAUGCCAGCUGAUGCCAGAGAGGAUCAUUCGUGUCUUCAAAAGGUCCCAAAGAUGCCUAGGUCUUCCCGAAGCCCCACUGCUGCCCUCCCCAAGCCUUCUUCUCCCUUUGAACAAGCGUCUUCAGGAGGCCAGCUCUCAUUUGAUCACUAUGGCACAGACAGUGAUGAGCACCUUGAAGUCUUAUUAAAUUCCCACAGCCCCUUGGGAAAGGUGAGCGAUGUUGCCCUUCUAAAAAUUGGGAGUGAGGAGCCUUCUUUCGAUGGCAUAAUGGAUGGAUUCUCUGGGAAGGCUGCAGAAGACCUCUUCAAUGCGCACGAGAUCUUGCCAGGUCCCCUCUCCCCGAUACACACUCAGUUUUCACCUUCUUCUGUGGACAGCAGUGGGCUGCAGUUAAGCUUCACUGAAUCUCCCUGGGAAACCAUGGAGUGGCUGGACCUCACUCCCCCAAGUUCCACACCAAGCUUCAGCUCACUCAGCACCAGCGGCCCGAGCAUCUUCAACAUCGAUUUUCUGGAUGUCACAGAUCUGAAUUUGAAUUCCCCCAUGGACCUGCACUUACAGCAGUGGUAGAAUGCCUGAUGCAAAAAUGCUAAGGAAGGCCAACAGGAAUUCUACAACCACAAAUACUUGUAUUGUAUUACCCAAAAGGAGGAGCAGGAGAAGGGGGAGGGAGAGGAGGAAGAAAUUUAAAAGAAGCAGUGGAGAUUUCUAUGACUAUCAACAGCACAAAUAGGAGUCCUUUAUAUAUAUAUAUAGUAAUACUUACCAACAUUCA